AUGAUGUUUUCUUCUGCAGGCAAGCGCUGCUUCACGAUCGAGUCUCUGGUCGCCAAGGAGAACCCUCUCAUGUCGGAGGACCCCAUCCGCCCGACGGCUUUAAGUUACUCCAACCCGGCGGCCGACGCCUUAAUGAACAGUUACCAGGUUCCGGCGGCCAGGACCCUCUACCAGAGCCCGGACCUGGUGUUCCCGGAGAACCACCCCUCCCUCACCGUGGCGCCCCACCAGCUCGGAGGCUCCCACCACCUUCAGCAUCCGCACUUCUUCGGGACGCAGCACCGGGACCCGCUUAACUUCUACCCCUGGGUCCUACGGAACCGGUUUUUCGGACACAGAUUUCAAGGUAACGACGUGUCCCAGGACAGCCUGCUCCUCCACGGUCCUUUCGCCCGGAAACCCAAACGCAUCCGGACGGCCUUCUCUCCGUCCCAGCUGCUCCGCCUGGAGACCUUCGACAAGAACCACUACGUCGUCGGAGCCGAGAGGAAGCAGCUGGCGAACAGCUUGAGUUUAUCAGAAACACAGGUGAAGGUGUGGUUCCAGAACAGGCGGACCAAGUACAAGCGUCAGAAGCUGGAGGAGGAGGGGCCAGACAGCCAGCAGAAGAAGAAGGGAAGCCACCACAUCAACAGAUGGCGCAUGGCCACCAAGCAGCCCGGCUCCGAGGACAUCGACGUCACCUCGGAGGACUGAGAACCUCCGGCGCGUCAGAGGACCAACGCUAUUUAUUAUGUAAUAUUAUUAAGUAUAACUAGGCACCUUAGAGGAAGGAGUAAAUAUGUGAUCGCCCGCACUUCUCCUCAUUGAGGUGCGACACUGGAGAGACAAAGAAGCAUCUUAUUUAAUGACAUGCGGAUGAGGAGAGAUCCGACCGAACGCGAAGGGACCCGACGCCGACCUGCUUCAGUCUGUUUUUUGAAAAACGUUGUACAGAGGCCAUGUGUGAAGGUUUUUUUUUUUUUUUUUUCAAAGAGGCUAUUUGUUUCAUUUGAUCUGUUUUUACCGCCCGGUUCGGGUCAUCAACGCCUCACAGCUCGCCACCUGUGUACCAUAAUAAUCAAAAUGUCUCCUCGAUGACGAGAUGGCGCCGUCGCACACUUUUGAAAACCACUCGGUGAGUCGGUUGAGCGGGCCGGGGGGGGUUCUGGCCAAGAGGAACAGGAAAUGAACCAGGAGAUCCAAAAUGUGCAGCGUGAUUUAUUUCUCUCUCCGCCGGUGACUCGACACCCGCUCCGGCGCCUCCGAGCGAAGACGCGGCGCAGAGAGGAGCAGCGUGACGGCGCUCUGGGCGGCGUGGGGCGACGGGCGACCUUUGCGUCCGCUUCAAUAAUCAUGAAGAGCCGAGUGUAGGACAAGAUAAAAACAUACGAGAACGAAAAACGUCAAGCCCAAUGUGUAAUUACACAAAGAUGUUUUAGAAAUAAAAAAAUAUUUCUCCGA